AUCAUAUGUAAUUGGCCCGCCUUCGUUUCUAGAUCUCGGAAUAUAAAGAUCAUACCCAUCGUCUAAAGCUCCCCCUACAAACGGUCUUACAAUUAAACCACUGCAGCAAGUCUACCCUCAUAUUUGUAAUGUACAUGUGAUAAACAUAAUAGUAGCAAAUAGAGGCUCUAAUAAAUAAAUCAUAUAUAUAGUGUGCUUCUCAAUGCAUAAAAAGAUUUUGUAGAGUCAAGAUGAUGAACGCUCCUGUAACAGUUACAGAAGAUAUCAUAUCUGCAGGUUCAGAAACAGACAAGGCUAUUUAAAGAAAUAUCAUAUGAAGCAUCAUAUAAUGGGUUUGCAGUUGUAAAUGUCUGCCAGGGUGACAGUGUGAACCACUAGGAAGUGACAAAUGAGAGAUUUUUGUAAUCACAAAAGGUAGAUUAAUACCUUUUCAGUUCCCCUUUACAAUAGAAAUAUCAAUGGUAAAAAAAUUAGUACUGCUAAUAACACCACACAAAAACAUGUAAUUUCUGACUUUACACAAAAGUAAUCAAUUUGACUAAUGCAGAGAAUCCAGCACAAGAAGGAAAAGAAAGAACUGUUACCACUCUCUUUCAACUGGCCAUGACUGUCAUUUCAGUAAACCUCCAUCAAGAAAAUUAAGAUUCUUCCUCUUUCUUGAAAGUUCUAUCAGUACAUUGGUUUAUGGGAUUAUUUAAGUAUGGCAGAGACUGCUUACUACAAGAACACAGUGGGAGCAUCAGCUUUGCAAUGCAUCAGUGCACAAGCAACUGCAGAGUUGACAGUCAUUAACAAAGAGCACUUAUCAAUGGGAGCAGUUGGCAGACUCAUCAGGCUCAGUCACUUGAUGCAAAUACAUGCAUAAUAAAGAUCUUGCCAGAGCUCUUGUAUUCACAGAGGCCCUUAUAUCAUCUCCUUCUCCCCUUUGCUGCUCUUCAAAUAUUUCUCACAAGCUGCAUUUCAAAUUUAAAACAAUACUUAGUGUAUGUAAAAAUGAUGGGCAGUGUACAGAAUAGAUAUUUCUUGACAGCAUCACAAUUGGAAGAGUUUAAACACCAAGCUUUGAUCUACAAUUACAUGGUUUCAGGUGUUCCAGUUCCAACUGAUCUACUCUUUGCUCUCAAAAGAAAGUUAGACUUCUCAUCAACCCUCUGUCUUCACAAAGAAAGUUCUGCAGCUAGAUGGGAAUAUUAUCACAAGGGGCUUACCAGGAAAGAAGACCUGGAACCUGGGAGGUGCAAAAGAACAGAUGGGAAGAAGUGGAGGUGCUCAAGAGACGCUCACAGGGAAUCCAAAUACUGUGAAAAACACAUGCACAGAGGCCGAAACAAUUCAAGAAAACCUGAGGCUAUUACAACUAAUACUACCUCACCAGUCAUGAAAAUCCACUUAAAUUCUGCCCAUGACCAGCCAGCCAUACAAACUAGUGCACUGAUUCACCCUGAUUCCCUCUACUCCCAGUCCUCUCCUAUGCAUCAGAACAGCAGAACUCAGCAAAUGUUUAUGGAAUCCAAAUCCCCCUAUCAGACAUAUAAAGAUUAUAGGUUUAUGCAAGGUAUGAGGGAUGAUGAAAGCGCUUUCUUCCCAGGGGUUUCCAGGACUGUGAGAAGCCAACAUGAAUCAUAUACAGCAUCAGAAGUGGCUUCCUCUGACUACUUCCGGGCCAUCAAUGAUCAUGGAAAAAUUAAAGAACAUAGAAGACAAGAAGAAGACAGAGACUCAAAGAAGCAUUGCUUUAUUCUUGGCAAUGAUUUUAAGCCAGCCAGGUCAAUCAAAGUGGAUAGAGGUGAAGAGAAUCAAGAGGGCUUUCACCAAUUCUUUAGUGAGUGGCCUCUAAAAGGCAAAGCUCAGUGGCUUAACAAUGAAGAAAAACAAUCAGAUCAUGCAUCACUCUCUGAUAUACAGAUCUCGACUUCAAAGCCCAUGUCCACGCUAGAACUAUUUCAGCCAAAACCAACAGUUCAUUGGUAUUGACUAAGUUUAUAUAUUCAAUGUCUCUCUUAGUCUCUUUAUCUUCCGUUGUGGCUUUUAACUACUGGUUUUAGCUUAAAUUCCAUUAA